AAUAAUUGACAGGGGCCCUGCGUCCUGAGUAACAGUUAGUUGCACUUGCAUCUCCUGCGCAGGCUAUUGUUAAGAAUUCAGAAAUCUUCACAAUGAGACGUCAACUGGUGCUGUUCUGGCUUGCUGUGUACUUAGUGACGAACAUAGAGGGUCAUGCAAGAACCUUCACUCGCUGCCAACUCUCCAGAGAACUCCUCCGGUACAACUUUCCACGGGCUUUGAUAUCAAAUUGGGUAUGUCUGAUUGAGCACGCCAGUGGAAGAACUACGGAAAAAGUGACCAAUCACAACAAUUCUUACACCAGCUUCGGAUUGUUCCAGAUCAACAACAAGGAGUGGUGCAAGAAAGGAAGAAAAGGAGGUCACUGCAGUAUGAAAUGCGAAGAUCUCUUAAACGAAGACCUUGCUGACGAUGUACGCUGCGCCAAGCGUAUCUACGACAGAGUUGGGUUCAAGGCCUGGCCUGCCUCAUACGCUUAUUGCAAAGAGAAAAGCCUCCCCGAUCUAUCUAGAUGUUAAAAUUUAAUUGCAUUCAGCAUUAUUAUUAUAUUCUAUAAAUAAGUAGUAAAGUUAUAUGGCCACUUGUUAAAGGCAUGGUUUGUUGCAAUGAAAACUGGAAAGUAGAUUAACGUGCAAGCUCGUCUAGGUAGGUACCACCAAUAUUCUACCGCAAAAUAGCAGUACUUGGUAUUUUUAU